GUGACGAAUCUCAUUUGCAUAUGGACAGGCAGGACAGGUGAGCGCGAGGUACACUAGUUUCAGUUACAAAUUCUGCUGGAUUAUGAGUUUUGUCGGUUCCCCGGAGCUUCUCUCGUUGGAUCAGAGUCACCGAGGAGCACGUUGGCCGUUUUACCUGGAUGUGUACCAAGCGGCAGCUGUCGGUCACCAUGGCGAUACAGGUGUUAGUCUCUUCUGUGGAGUCAGUGUUGGUGCCCGCCGUGCUGUCUGUGCUCAGCCUGGCUCUUCUACUGCUGCUGUGUGUGAUCAGGAAGAAGAGACGCAUGGAGGGAAUGUACAGGCCCAGUGCGGAGGAGAAGAAACAGACGGGAGCGGCCGGUUCUGAGAAACCCGGCCUCCCUCUGCCGCUGCCCAAAGAAGAACGCCUCAUAUGACGAACGUGAAGAAGCGGACACACACACACAUCAUGACCAUGGGCAAACCUGAGGAUUAAUACCUCUUGCUUUCAAAAGUUUCAUGGACCCGUCUUUUCUCUUCAGACACUCGGAACACUGUUUGUCCCGCACAUUUUCUUUCUGGGUUAAUAAAUACAGCGCUCAGCCUACCGGUGCUGUCACCUGUCUCACUGCAUGGAAAAUAUGACUCAUGGAGUUUCUGUUCUUGGCAUGAGCUCAAGUGUUUGGUGUUGUUGUAUCUGUUAUUUUUCUUAUAUGUAUUUAUGUAAAACAUAUCAUUUUUUCACUAUUUCAAAUUAUGAAGGAUAUUGAUUAAAACACCAAUAAUGACUGUUAUGCACUUUAUGUUAUGCUCUGAGUGGCAACGUUUCUGAAAAUAAUAAAAAUCACUUUGUAUGAAACACGAGUAGUUCUGAGAGUAAAACAGGAAUGUUCCAAGAAUGAUUAUUAGCCCCAUGAUGUAUUACUUUUUGUUGGGAAGUAGCCAAUGUAGAUCUUUCUUUACACACUAAGAAAAUAUCCACGUAUGAGGACAAUUCUACAAUUAAUUCAGCAAAGACUUUUAUCCAAAGUGUAGGACGUCAGAGAGUAGGCACAUUACAAGCAAAGGAUCUAGAGAAGGAAACAUAGUGAGUUAGUCAUUUGUAAAACAACUUCACUGUUGUAGAAAUUAUUUCUUUAUUUCAACCAUCCUGCAUAUUUGCAAGUCUGAGUAUAAUUCAUCAUUUUGUCAUAUUAUAAAAUACAAAAAAACAAAUAAAUAAAAUCAAUUAUU